UGGUAACUGUCUGUCGCAUCCUGUGCUGGUCAUAGAAGUGGAAGUUAUGCGGUUUCAAACUGAGCACUCGCUGUCCUGAGGAAGGAACACACUUUUGACUAUAUCUCUGUAAAGAUGUUCCGCGCAUCAGUUCAACUCCUCAUUGGUGUCUGCGUUGUCUUUGCUGUUGAUAAUGAGACCACAACCAUGAUAACCAGCACAGAAUAUACCACUGUUCCAGUUUCCAAGCUUACUGACAGUACCACCCUUAAUAAAACAGAAGAGUCUCCAAAAAACGUUACUACUCCAAGCUCCAAUGUCACCCUGUCAACCACAAUGGAUGUGAAUAACACCCAAGAUGAAAAAUCAGUACAGCCUACUUCUAUGCCUUCAGAACAUCCGCAGACCAACAAGUUUACCACAGGCGAUUCUCUGAAGAUUGUUUCACAAUCAAGUACGAUCACAAGCACAGCCAGCAAAGCAACAACCACAAAUGGAAAAGCUACAUCUACAGAAAGCGGUGCAACAGCUUACAUAAUCAUUCUGGUUAUUGUUAUGCUGUGCCUCGCUGGGGUAGCAGUUUAUUUUUGCUGUCAAAAGAAAUCCAGGAAGUAUUCUGUGGACUUACAUCCCAAGCAAGAAGAUGCUCAGAUCCCACUCAGCACAGUUGAUGUAGAGGUGUUUGACACCACAUCAGUCAAAGAUAUGCAAACAUCUACUCAGGUCGAGUCCACCGGGACAUUUAAGGAUCCUGCACCUGUACAGGACGCUGAAAAGCCUGAGGGAGAGAAAGAAUCAGCUGACGUUCAACAAGAAAACCAACAGAAUGUAUCCAGCACUCAGGCCACAGUGAACCCAAAAGACAAAAUGGAUGGGCUGACCGUAGUGGAUCUGACUGAUGGAGAACCAACAAUCUCCACCAAAACCUCAAUGGAAUCCCUAGACGACACUCUCAAUGAAAACAACAGCAACAAUACAGAAGCUGAAGGUAAUGGCAAUGGACAUGAAUUCACGGAAAUCUCUACUGAUGCUUUACUUCUAAAAUAAACCGGCUUCUUCCCAACAUUUUACAAUGAUCUCUGAAACUAACUGGAUUUUUUAAACCUGGAAGUAAAAACUGCAUGGAGAAAAAAAAAAGUUGUGAACUAUGUGAGUCAUUGUUUUAAUUUUAGAAUAAUGUUGUUUGCAUACAUGCAGUACUGAGAAAAGUCUGUAAAAACAGGACCCAAUGUACUGUGUUAAUGUAAAUGAACUUUCUGUAUACAUUUUUAUUUAAAGUUACUUAAAAAGUGUUUUACUCAUAUUUUGAAUUACAUAGUACUGUUUUAGGGUUAAAGGUAAUAUACAAACUUAACAGAGUACAUUUUCUGUUUUUCUGCAGUUUUAUGGUGUAUUAUCUUUACUGUGACCAUAAUAAUUAUGUUUGAUUUUAAUAUUGUAACUAUUUUAAACCUAAUUUAUGAAAAUCUGAUCUUAAAAGGAUAAUUUUGUAAAUUUCCAGCCAUCUUUGUAUUGUUGUUGGCUGUAUAUGUAUAUGAACAAUUUCUCUGGAUUACUACACCCAGAUAUUGCCAUUUAUUUUUAAAGCAAAACAUAAUUUUGCAUCACCUGGCAGAUUACAUUUUUCACAGCUCCAGGCCUUUUAACAAAAUUACAGUUUGAUACUUUGUUUCUUGUAUUUCUUUCUUUUCAGUGUAAUACACUGUUGUAAAUGUCCAUUGAACAUUAUAUUUUGGGUUUAAGGCUACUUUUAUUUGUAUUUAAUAGUGUUUUCUUUAACUACUGUAAAGAAAGAUAUUGGCCUAUUAGUUGCUUCUGCUUUCCAAUAUCAUAUUGUCAAGAAUUACAAUAAAAUUGAUCUGGAUUAUAAA